AUGGAUAAAUUCAAUUCGAUGCCUAGCAAUAAAUUUUCAGCCUCUGAGACAACUGAUGUUUGUCAUAACUUUCAGGCAACAAGCUUCAAGCGUAGCUUUUAUUUUAGAUUCAUUACGAUAAUGAAUAUGUUUCUAGACAUUAUCAUGGACGUCAUCGACGCGCUCCCGGUGUUCCUGUACCGGGAGGUGGUGGUCGGCGCCAGCGCCGGCGCCAAGGAGCCCUUCGACUGCGCGGUGUGCCUGUGCGAGUUCGCCGGCAAGGACCGGCUGCGGCUCCUGCCACUGUGCGGGCACGCGUUCCACAUCGAUUGCAUCGACACCUGGCUGCUCUCCAACUCCACGUGCCCGCGGUGCCGGUGCGCGCUCGGCGCCGACGCCGACGCGCUGUUCGUCGACGGGUUCGACGAGGAAGGAGGCAGGUGGAAGCACGAGGACGCCGUGCUCCCCGUGCGCCUCGACAAGUUCAAGAACCUGUCCAGGGCGGCGCCUGGCCCCAUCCACGACGGCGCCGGCAUUGUUACCAGGGAGGACGGCGAGACGAGCAGCAGCAGCCUGGACGCCAGGCGGUGCUACUCCAUGGGCUCCUACCAGUACGUCCUCGCCGAGGCCGGCCUCCAGGUGUCCGUCCACAGGAGGCACGGCGACGGCCAUGCCCCGGCCGGGGCGAGGCUCAGAGGUCUCGGCUCCAACCCCGCAGGCACCGAGACCGACAGCGGCGCCGGUACCGAGGGGAAGAGGAUCGGCACGGGCAGCAAAGGCGACGGCUUCUCGGUGUCUAAGAUUUGGCAGUGGCCGCGGAACGGCAAGGGGAAGCUUCCCGUACUCGCGUCACGGGGGGAGCGGCGUGGGGAAGGCCAGCGCUGGGGAUGGAGGAGAGGGCCGAUCCGUUUUUAG